CGAUAAGUUCAAACAGAAACCAUUUCGUCAUCAUUUUAACCGAAUUUUGGGAAGUAAGGUGCAGGUAACACAGUCAAGCCAUGAAGGACAAGGAUGAAAAUCAGUUGAAAGAAGAACUAGAUGGUAUAAUUGAUAAAAUUAAGAAAGCCCAGGUUGGAGCUGCAGACAAAACUAUAGAAGAUGUUUGCGGAGACAUGUCAGAUAUACCCAAAAUUCCACUGCGAACGAAAAAGAUACUAAAGGGACACCUCUCCAAAGUAACAGCAGUGCAUUACUGCGGUGAUAACAGGCAUCUGGUAUCAGGUUCUCUAGAUGGAAAACUCAUUAUUUGGGAUACUUGGACGGGAAAUAAAGUCAGGAUUAUUCCAUUGCAAUCGAGUUGGGUGAUGACAGCGUCUUACUCUCCGUCAGGUAAUUUCGUGGCUUGUGGUGGAAUGGACAAUAUGUGUACCGUCUACGACGUCAAUACCAGAGACAGUACAGGAACGGCCAAGAUUAGAAGAGAAAUGAUGGGCUUCGAAGGCUUUCUAUCUUGCUGCAGAUUUUUAGACGAUAACAAACUCAUUACUGGAUCUGCUGACAUGAAAAUAAUGCUCUGGGAUUUGGAAAGUGGCGUAAAGGAUGCGGAGUAUAAUGGUCACGCAGGUGACGUUAUAAGUAUGUCUCUCCAUCCAGACAAAACUUCUUUCGUGACUGGUUCAGUUGACAGAAGCAUUAAGCUAUGGGAUAUUCGAGACGGUGAAUGCAAACAAACGUUUUGGGGUCAUGAAUCAGAUGUCAACUCUGUUUGUUUCCAUUCCAGCGGGUACUAUUUCGGGACUGGUUCCGACGACAAAACGUCCCGAUUGUUCGACAUCCGCGCCGAUCAGCAGAUAGGGCUUUACCAGACGCCCUCCAACAAAAGCGGCUUUACCUCCUGCGGACUCUCCACAAGUGGCAGAGUGAUUCUGUGCGGAUCAGAUGACUCAGCGGUGCACACUUGGGACACCCUCAAAGCCAAGCACAAUGGUUGUCUUACAGGACAUGAGAACAGAGUUACUUCAUUAAGUAUGCCAGAUAAUGGUAUGGCUGUUGUCUCGGGUUCUUGGGACUCCAGUGUCCGAGUAUGGAAUUGAUAUGUUACAGAAACAGAGAAACUAUGUUUAGGUUGAUCAAUCGAACAAAAUGUAAAUUUUUAAUAAAUUCAAAUGAAAAAAAAAUUUUAGUUUGCAAACAUUCAAAAUAAUGAACUUUUAAAAUAAAAUUUUAAGCAAAGUUUUCAUAACUGAAUUACCAUAGGAUUAUUAUUUAAGAUCCUGAUAAGUUAUUUCACUAUAUUUAAUGUCAGAUUCCAAAAUCCACAUGCAAUUUUUUAUAAAAUUUAAUCCUGAACAUUAGCCCAACCAAAUUGUUAGAAUAUUAGUUCCAAAAUCAUGCUAACAUUGGUCUGAAACUUUAAUCCUUGAUCCUAACUUCAGCAAUACAUAAUUUAGUAGAACUUUGCUCAAAUUAAAAAUACUUCUCAAAUUUACUGAAGGCCCAAUUAGGCUACCUUAGUGUUCGAUGGUUCAUUUUACAGAUUUCUUUGAAUACCCUUAUCUUUCCUGUUUAAACUUUUUCCUUUCAGAUUCAUAGCUUUUAAUUUAAAUGUGAGAAACCAAUGUUUCAAAUUUCCAGUCCUUAUUUUUAUCCAAUAUUUGGAAACAUAUAUUGGCCUUUCGAGUGGCUGAGCUAUUAAUGCAAUAAAAUUGCUGGGUUGUUUCUCUCUCCCCCUCCACAUUUUGAUAUUUUACAUACUUAGAUUUGAUUAUUAUGCUUCAAAAAUUCAUCCGUUUAUCGUUUUGAUUAUUUUCCCCAUUUAAAAGCAAAAUAAACAUCUUGCAAUCUUUAAAUCUACCUAAUUACUUGCUUUCU